CAAGCAAGCUCCUGGAGUUCCUGGCAAAAUACCCACUGGAAUUUUCAAAACAAAAUAAAAGGCAAGCUUGUGUUCCUCCUUUGGUUUUUGAGGUUGUUUAUAUAUUUUUUUCCGUAUGGCGGAUUAAGUAGCAUGUGACUGUAAUGCAAAAGGCCUAUUCUUACACACAAAUCUUGUUUAUUGAAUCAAGAAUGUCGCGUCAUACUUAUUUUGAUUCAAACAGACAAUAAAACUGCUUGUCUUAUUGCCCACAAUGCAAAGCGUGCCUUACACUGUGUCCCGGACCUCCAGUGGGACGACUCGUUAGUUCCUGGCGCAGAAGCCUGGGCACUAUACCAUGCAAGGAAGCCCCAAGUUGGAAUGGAACAUAGUAAGGGUAAUGGAGGAAAGUUUCGUGAGAAUAUAUACUACAAGUUUGUACACCCURUUGGUACAGUCGCUACGUGGGAGGACGCUGUGAAGUGGUGGUAUGAUGAAAUAAGGUUCUACGAUUAUAAAAAACCUGGGUACAACCUCCCAGCCGCCCAUUUUACUCAGUUAAUUUGGAAGAAAAGUACUAAGGUCGGCGGUGCAAUGGCUGUGCAUACUCGAGGACAACAUACCUACACAUUUGUAGUCGCUCACUAUGCACCAGCAGGCAACGUAAAGGGAACCUUUGCCUACAACGUCCCUGAUCUCCAAUGCAAAACUGCUAAAAUCCCCUACGUGAAGCCUCAAAAUAUCAAAGGUACGGACAAAAGGCUCAUUACAAGUUUAAACGACCGGGUUUUCGGKUUCGUUCCCAGCACUUUACACAGCUUAUCUGGAAGUCUUCUACUAAAGUGGGUGUUGGAAUUGCAGCAGUUACAAAAGGUGGCUUGACAUACUCAUUUAUAGUCRCUCAUUUCUCGCCGCCAGGAAACAUCUACAGGCAGUUCGCCACGAACGUAUUCAAACAAAUUUAGGUCUUAGUACGCGUCACAUACUGAGUUCAAUCACUGGAAUCAUGCCUCAAAUUCAAAUAACUUAAAAGACUGACAAUGUUUGCAACAGUAUAGGUUUACAUCUUUAUAGGUCUGCAUCAGUAAACUGAACUCCUACUUAUUUCUUACACUAUGAUUAUAAUCUAGAAGGCUGAUUUAGACUGCACAACUUUUGCCUAGAAUCAUCGCAUGCAACCUGCGUAAGUCAUCCUUACGACAUAGCUUCAACUGUCGUAGGGAUUUUUUUUCAAAGGAUAAUAAAGAGUAAGGUUUUGCUUA